GAGCCGGGGGAGAAGAGGAGGAAGGGGUCGCGGUGCGCGCUCAGUCGACGGAAGAUGGCGGACACAGAAGCAACGUCAGUGAAGAAGAAGAAGAAAGUGAAGAAAGUCAGUGAAGAAGAUCUUGGGGAAGUCCAGCAGAGCGGGGACUUCUUCAUCCGCCCAGAGUCCAAAGUCGCCUCAUUGGACACGUCGCAAUGGCCGCUGCUGCUAAAGAACUUUGAUAAGCUGAAUAUCCGGACGGCGCACUACACGCCGUUACCGAGCGGCAGCAACCCACUGAAGAGGAACAUCCACGACUAUGUCAGGUCAGGCUUCAUUAACCUUGACAAACCAGCCAACCCAUCAUCCCACGAGGUCGUGGCGUGGAUCCGACGGAUCCUUCGGGUCGAGAAGACGGGUCACAGCGGCACACUCGACCCGAAGGUCACGGGCUGCCUGAUCGUCUGCGUCGACCGAGCCACCCGGUUGGUCAAGUCCCAACAAAGUGCAGGCAAAGAGUACGUGGGAAUAGUUCGGCUGCACAACGCCAUCGAGAGCGAGCACGUUCUGGCCCGGGGGCUGGAGACGCUGACGGGCGCUCUGUUCCAGCGGCCGCCACUGAUCGCUGCCGUCAAACGUCAGCUGAGAGUUCGAACGAUUUACGAGAGCAAACUCAUUGAGUACGACCCCGAGAGGAGGCUUGGUAUAUUCUGGGUGAGCUGUGAGGCGGGGACAUACAUUCGCACGCUGUGCGUCCACCUGGGUCUGAUGCUCGGCGUUGGAGGCCAGAUGCAGGAACUGAGGAGGGUCCGGUCAGGGGUCCUGGGAGAGAAGGACAAUUUGGUGACGAUGCACGACGUGCUGGACGCUCAGUGGCAGUUCGACCACAACAAAGACGAGUCGUACCUGCGCCGAGUCAUCUUCCCGCUCGAGAAGCUGCUUGUGUCACACAAACGCCUCGUGAUGAAGGACAGCGCCGUGAACGCCAUCUGUUACGGAGCCAAGAUCAUGCUGCCAGGUGUGCUCAGGUAUGAAGACGGCAUCGAGGUGAACCAGGAUAUCGUUGUCAUAACAACAAAGGGCGAGGCCAUCUGCACAGCGGUGGCGCUGAUGACCACAGCGGUGAUCUCCACAUGUGACCAUGGCGUGGUGGCAAAAAUCAAGAGGGUGAUCAUGGAGAGGGACACGUAUCCCCGCAAAUGGGGCCUGGGACCAAAGGCGAGUCAGAAGAAGAUGAUGAUUCAGAAGGGACUGCUCGACAAACACGGCAAGCCCAACGGCAGCACGCCGGCCGACUGGAAGGACCAGUACGUCGACUACAGCAGUGUCUCCCAGGCGACCGGGGAGUCGGGCGAUGCUUCAACAAAGAGGAAGCGGGAGGUGACGGAGAGUGAGGGUGAAACGCCACCCAGCACACCGUCUGCAGAGGAGGCGAAGAAAGAGAAGAAAAAGAAGAAAAAGGAGAAGAGGCUGAAGCUGGAGGAGGCGGAGGCAGAGGACACGGGGCCAGAAGCACAGGUUGUGGAGAGCGCGAAGAAAAAGAAGAAGAAGAAGAAACAAAAGGAAGGUGACACAGAGUAAGGGAAUCUCAGGUGAACGGGUGGCGAGACCCGGCCCACGUCACACCUGAGUGCAGAUGGUUGUGGGAGUUCGGCAUGCAAGCAGAACAUAACGUUAUUUUGUAAAAAUAUUUUUUUAACUGUAAAUACCUGUUUGUACUUUUAAGAUUAAAUGUUUUUUUGUUCUGAAA